AUAUAAACAGAACACAGAACAUCCUAACACAUUUUAAUUGACAGUGCAAGACGAAAAUCUACAAAAAUGAGAUUUAUAGUUUUAACUUUAGCUGCAAUUGCAGUUGUUGGGUCAACAGUACAUGCUAGUACUGCUUUAGAUACAUAUGAAUCAUAUUUACGUUCACAAUCCGCCCAAACAUUAAUAAAUUUACAAAGACUUAAAGUCCGUGUGGAACAAAUUUGCCCUGGAUAUAGCGACAGAAUUAUAGAAACCGUAAAAAACGCUUCAGUAUGCUUUAAUGAACAUCGUUCCGAAGAAACUAUGUGUUCUCUCAUUAAAAAGUACCAAUCAAAAUGUUUUUCUCCAUUUUACGAAACUUUCAAAGAAUGCUUACCUGAAGAAAACAAAUUCAUUCCAGAAUUUGUAGGAAAAACCAUGAGUCGUGUUCUGGAUUUUGCAUGCCACACUGAUGGAGAACAUAUCUUUGAAUUGGGAAACACCUGCAUAAUGAACAUAAAUCGUAAAACUGAAAGGUGUAUAAGAAUGGUCCAAUCUAAAGUGGAACAAUAUGAAACCAAAAAACCUACUAAGACCGAUUUAUGCAGCACAGCAUCAUCUCUUAAAGGUUGUUUCCUAUCCCACAUAAACAGUGCCUGCAAUAAUGAAAUUACCAGACAAUCCUAUAUUGGAUUGUAUGAUGCCUUAACUUCUGAAUGUCAAGAUAUGUAUAUCACAAAAGUUGAUAACAAUGAACUAAUGGAUUAAGAAGACUUUAUGAAAACGUCGUGUUAAUGUUAACCAUACCUACAUUUUAAACGCGAUAUUUAUAUACAAAUUGUAAAGCUCUUAAUUCAAUAAACUAAAUAAUAAAUAUA